AUGAACUAUACUCUAAUACUUGGAUUGAAUUUGUUGAAUUUGCAUUCCUUAUUAAAGAAAAAGAAUUAAAAUAAAUUGAGUAAAGAAAUUUAAAAAUUUAAAAGAAAGAUCUAGGGAAGUUGUCAAUCAUUUAAUGUUGUAAGAGACAUUCAAAUUUCAUUAAUGUUAUAAAGAUGUUUUAUGACUAUGGACUCUCACAAAAAUGUAUGA